AUGUCUCUUCGGCGGGCGUGGGCGGCGCAGGAGGAGGAGGAGGAGCAGGGCGAGGCUGGGUCCCUGGCCGAGGGUCUGGGCGGCGUCGGCGUGGUCGGUCCGGCGGGGGCGAGGAACAACAGGUCGGCGUCGUCCGUGUCGGGCGGCUGCUCUCGUCACGGUGAUCUGGCCCGGGCGGCGCUGGGCUCCGCUCGUCACUUCCAGCUGCUGCGUCGGGAGCACGCACACGGCGGCGGGCGGGGCGCGUGGCCUGCGGGCAGGACCUCCGGGGGCGGAGGGACGCGCCGCGAGGAAGCCGUGGACCGGGCGAAGGGAAAUACGUCGCGCUGCCGAGGGACUUCACCCGCCAGACGUCGAGGUCGUCCUCUUCCCUCGCGGGAGGGCCUGGCACGGGCGUCGACGCGGGCGGGAGAGGGCGUCCGGAGGAGCGCUCCGAUCCCGGCGCCCGAACGCAGCCGUAGCCGAGGGCCGAGCGACAGUGGGCGCCCCGACCCAGACGAGUCUCGCCGCCCUCUGACCUCUGCCCGCUGCUUGUUGACCCUGACCUCGAGCGCGGCGCUCAGCGACCCGGCCGGGAUCUUCUUUCAGCCUGAUAACCCUUGA